AGCAGGGAUCUGUUUACAAACUGAGAGCUGAAGACGAGAAGUGGAGAAGAGAGACGAGGAAGAAGAGAGGAGGAGAGUGAAUGUGAGAAGAAAAUACAGGGGAGGAGAGGAGAGCCUGGAUCUGAAUUAACAUUAGACGCAUUGUCUUCCUGUAUUUUAUACCUCCCUGUGUUCAGAGCAGGAAGGCAGGGGAAGGGAUGAAGAGCUGCUUUUCUCAGAAACACUACUGAGGCUGCCUGGUUGGCUGGCCGUGCUGCCGGGGAACCCAUCCAUGUCCUUCCCUUUGUCUCUCCAUAAUUGGCCACGGCAGGUUUUCACAGCCAGAGAGGAGGAAAGCGACGUGGAGAUCUAAAAAGAGAGCAAAGAGGAGAGAGAAGAAGGGAAGAGAGAAGAGAAAAGAAAGCCUCAUGAUGUUUUGAAGAGGAGACAAAGCAAAAAAGCAGGGAGUGUGCUCGGCCAGAGGUUCAUAACCUGAGUGUUGGAUGGGAUUUGGAGUAUACUUCCUCAUAUUGUCAGUGACAUUGGUGUCUUUUUAUUAACAACACUCACAGGUUCAUCUCCAAGACUGUUUUCUGUCAUGCUGAGGGAAGACACAAAGGAAUAUUUAUAUUUCUUUCUCUGACACAUUUGCUGUUGUUUGUGAGUCUAAAUCUCAGUUCAGGUGGAUGUUUGCAUCAUAUUUUUUGAUAGUAAAUCAUCCCUGCUGACUGAAUAAUCACUCUUCAGUUGAGCAGCUGCUUAUUGGCCUGAUGUCUUCUUGAGGAACUGGGAGUCUCUAAUCAGAUCUGCUUAUUCCAGACCACAAGGAUUUAAAUCACAGCACACCCUCUCUGUCAACUAUCAGGGUAAACUAGCCUGAACUUACAAGGUCGUGGACAUAAAAGUCACAACGUAUUUCCAUAAACAAACUGCAGGAACGUUGUGGAACCCAGAGUUUGUGAUAUUGGAGAGGUCACAACCUCUGCAGCUAUCUGGUUUGCCAUCUGACCAUCUGCACAUUUGAUGCAUUCUGUCCAAUGGUGUAACGGGUGUCUGUGUGACCUUGGAUUGAAGAACUCCGACAUCCACUGCAAGAUGACAUCUGAAGAGCUCUUCCACCUGCCACUCAACAUCUACAUCGUCAUUCUGGGCAUUGGCCUCUUCAUCCUCAUGCUCAGCCUCAUUUUCUGCUGCUACCUGUUCAGGCUGAGGCGACAAGGUGCAAGAGAACAGUACGGCUACAAUGAGGUUGUUUUGAAAGGACCAGGAAAGAAACUCAGCCUUCUUGGUCAAACAUGUGCAGUGUGUUUAGAGGAGUUUCGCAGCAGGGAUGAGCUUGGAGUGUGCCCGUGUUCCCAUGCUUUUCACAAGAAGUGUUUACUGAAAUGGUUAGAAAUCCGCAGCGUCUGCCCCAUGUGCAACAAGCCCAUUUGUCGCCUGCAGCCUGAUCCCCCACAAGCAUCCGAGCGGCCACAGAGUCUCCUGGAGGUCUGAGAGGGGAACGUAUGUCCAGCAGCACCUCACGCUCUCCACUCAUUUGACACCUGCCACUAUAGAGGCUCCUGUUUCACUGUCCAACAGACUGUGGUUUUAGCAACAUUUUUUGAGGCAGAGCUACUCUGGAAAUAGAAAUUUAACAAAUUGACCUGUGGGGUGAAACACUGAGACACAGGUGGUAAUGGUGGUGACUUUUCACUAAUUCUGGUAUUUAUGAUAGUGGAUUAAGGUUAACUACCAAGCCUACAUACUGCUGUUUUCAGCAUACAGCUAGCUAAUCCACAAGUGCCUUAAAGCUGCAGAUGAAGGCCACUUAGAUCAAACUAGGAUUGGAUUAUCAAGACUGGUUGUCAGCUAGCUAAUAUCACCUUAUAUGUGUGUAUUGGUGACAGUUUUUUAAACUGAUUUAUAAAGAGGACAGUGGGUUAAGGAGAGCUGUGUAUGCUCAGUUGACAGGUUCAAAAAGAGGAAAAUGAGUGCACUACACACUGCCCGCAGCAAUUUUCACAAUGGCCUGAAAAAUGUAGUGUCUGUAUCAUAUGUAUGACGUUUUGCUUUGCUGAAUUUAUGCAUUGGCACAGACUAUACUGUGCAAAAUGAUUCAAUUCUAUUCAAUUCAAUUUUAUUUAUAUAGCAGCAAAUCAUAACAGGCGUCAUCUCAAGGCACUUUUCAUAUAGAGCAGCUCUAGACUAGACUAUAAGUGAAGAUUCCAGUUUACUCCUGAUUACAGAUGAGUAAAUAUUAUGUUGUUAAUAUUGAACAAAGUGAAAUCACACUAAAGAUUAGUCGUCCAUGUUUUUCUUGUCUUAUUCUUUUUUGGCAGCAAGAGCAUCUCUGCUGGUCUUUUUCGGCAGGCUUCAGUUUAAUGUUAGUUACAAUAACCUCCAGGAAAACUACAGGUCUUUGGCUUCAGCCACUGAGCUUAGGUCAUCCAUCAUGCAGAAACGCUGGUGCAAGUACAAAGGAGUCUGACAUCAACACAACAGCGUCAAGGCUUUAUGAUUUAUCAUCACAAUCACAGCAUCAUCACCAGCAGUGUAUUUUAUUAUUAUAGUAUCAUUAUGAGACUGUGGAGAUGCAGGCUAACUGUCUCCAGCUGGUAAAUGCUAUGGCAAGGAAAAGUAUGUGAGCUCUUUGGAAUGACCUGGUUUUCUGCAUAAAAUUUGAUCUGAUCUUCAUCUCAGUGAAGUACAAGUACAGACAAACACAGUGUGCACAAGCUAGUAACGCAUUACAUUUUUUUUUUAUGUCUUUACUGAACAUUCACAGUGCUGGUGGAAAAAGUAACUCAACCCUUGGAUUUCAUUAGCGGUCGAACCUCCUUUGGCAACAGUGACCUCAAACCGGCUGUUCUGAUAGCUGUGGAUUAGACCUGCAUGACGUUCAGGAGGAAUUUCAGACCAUUGUUCCCACAGAGCUGUUUCAGCUCAGCCAUAUUCUUCUUAUGUCUGAUGUGGACGACUCUCUGAGCUCGUUCCACAGCAUCUCUUUGGGUCAAGGUCUGACACACAGUGACUUUUUAUUUUGGAGAGCAGCAGCUUCCUCCAUUGUGUCCUGCAAUGGACGCCUUGCACCGUGCAACCAUGCACCAUGAUUUGUACAAGGUAAACCCACGAUCACAGAUGCUGACCAGCUCCCAUGCUCCAAUCCUUUAAGCCUUUAUCUGUUAGAUUAUGCUUGUUCAUAAUUAUAACUUAGAUGAAGGUCUGACCAUAUUUUAAGACAAAAAAAAAUGCUUUUUAUUUUAAUGAGUUGUUAUUUUUUCCUGCCGCAUUAUUCAAGGGGCAAAUGGAGUCAGAUAAUAUACUUACAGCUUUAGCAAAGGUCCUUCUGUGUCACACAAACAGCUAUGUUGAGCCCUCAGCAUUUUGGGGAUGUUGAUGUGUAGUGUCACUUCUGUAACUCAACAAAUGAGAUUAUUUCUGCCUCCAGAGCAGCUCUGCCUCUGAGAAACGUUUGUAUGACAGCCCCCCCCUAAGUUUUUCCCACAUUUGUAAUGCAGCUACACAUGAAAAUGCUGUGUCUGGGUCUUUAGCCACAACUUAAGAGCCUGGAGCUCGGGAAGAGGAAGAUUCAACCACCAGACAACAUCAGCUUUAAAGAUAUCAGAACAUCUUUUGGUCCCAGAUUUCAUGGCAAAGGCAGAGACUGUAAUAAAAGAUGUGCAGUUGUGGAAAAGAGGACUUUUACAAUCAGAAUGAGCAGAGAGUGCCCUAAUUUAAGAAUACAGGACAAUUGUAAACUAACAAGAAAAAGGGGUGUGUGUGCUAUGGCUGUGAUCUUCUUCUUGUCUCACAGUCACUCAGCUCCAUCCCUCAGUAUGUUGCCAAGCUGAAUGAAGAUAGUGAAGCCUCAAAAGGCGAGACAGUUGAGUCAUACGGGAUAAACUUGCUAUCACAUGUCCGUUUACCUCCAAAUAAAGGUCCGGAAUGAUUCAACUGUGAACAUAACAUACAUAUAGAUACUUAUAUUGUUUUUAAGUUAUUAUGUGUCAUUUGACUGUCAUUUAGCUGGAUGUCAUCAGUGCCAGUGGGACAGAAUUGAAUCAACUAUUUUUCAGUGGGAUCUUAGCUCUCGAUGUCUAAGAACUGCUCUGUACUCUAGUGAUAUAAAUAGACACUGUACUGAUAUGAAGAGCCUGUUUGAGCUGGUUUCUUGUCUGAGUGAGGUGCCCUAUAAACAUCAAUCUCUUUGUGUACCAUGUAAUAUAAUAUGAGUACUGAGUAAAUUGUAAAUGCUUUUAAAUUUUCUGACUUUGGAAAAAAAAAAAAAAUAUAUAUAUAUAACCAGU